UCAACAAAAACAUACACACCUUUAAGAGCCUUAGACGAUCCAAAUUUUGAGAGAGUCAAUUUUUCCCAAAAAUAAUUUCAGGGUUGAUUGUAAUUCGGUCAUUUUUUGCUCAUAAUUUAUAUAUGGAAGUACAAAUAGAAAGAAGCCAAUCGUUUGCUGUAACAAAGCUAUAUCAUGCAACUUUUGAGGGAGACUUGCAAUCCUUGAUAAAGUUGCUCGAUGAAGAUCGACUUAUCCUGAAUCGAUGCAUCAAUCAAAGAUCGAGACAAUUGAUGCAGUCGCCGUUACAUGUAGCAGCUGAAAUGGGGCAUUUAGAGAUUAUCAAAACAUUGCUCGCUGCAAGGCCUAACAUGUGUUUUGUGCGCGAUCAAGAUGGGAUGACCCCGGUUCAUGUUGCUGUGGUAAAUAAUAACAUCGAUGUGCUUGAAAUACUUUAUAAUGCGAAUCCUCACGUAGUUCGUGAACGGACCAAUGGAGGUGAAUUUGUGUUACAUUUGUGCAUCAAGCAAAAUAAGGAGGAUGCUUUGGAGGCUUUGUUGAGUUUAAUUGAUGACGAACUACUCAACUCUAAGGAUAGUGAUGGGAAUACUGCCUUGCAUCUUGCAGUGAUUGGCAAUCAAAGAAAGAUGGUAAAUAUGUUGUUAAAACGCCCAAAGAUUGAAGUAAACGCAAUGAACAAAAAUGAGAUGACAGCUUUGGAUAUACGCAUACUCCUAAAAACAAAAAGCAGUACAAAAGAUGUGAGUAAUUUUCUAGUUGAAUGGCCUAAUGAUGAGCAUAUUGGACCGUACCUAGAACAAGGCAAAGCGUUACAGGCAAGACAUGUACUAAAGAUAAAGAACAGACAUUAUUGGGUAGAAAAUCAAAGCAACGCGCUAAUGGUGGUGGCAUCUCUAAUAGCAACCAUGGCGUUCUCGGUCGCAACCAAUCCCCCCGGAGGGUUUUGGCAAGAUACUCAAGAUGCUCCACCAGGAUCACCACCAGACCCAAAGACGGAUCAUGAAGCAGGUCACUCUAUAGAAGAUGAUUAUCAGUUAUUUUGGUUUAAUCACUUAGUGAUUUGGAACACAAUAGCAUUGGUUUCGUCGUUAAGUGUAAUACUUCUCCUUAUUAGUGGUCUUCCCUAUGGAAGAGUAUUUGUGGCAAUUUUGAGGAUAACCAUGUGGAUUGCAGUUACAGCAACAACCGCGACUUAUGGAAAAUCGUUGUUUUUAACCAUUUAUAGUGCAGCUCCAACAGCUAAUACUACUUUAUUUUGGCUAGGCGUCGUGGUGUUGAUGCUCCUCGGACAUGCCAUUCUCUUCGUAGUCAAGUUUAUCAAUCGACGACCCAUUUUGAGGGCAAGGAUCGUCAAAUUGGUUCCCAAAUUUAACUCUACAUCACCCGCUGACCCUGUUUGAACUGCUUAGAAUCACUUUUAUUUCAAUCUGCCCGUUUUUAUGAAGAUGGUACUUCUUAAUUUUUCGAACUAUGGUCUGUAUAACUUGUUUACCUUAAACUAAUGAAUGUUAGUACUAAAAAAACUACUACCUCGGUUACUUUUUAGUUGCAACAAAGGAAUAUUUUAUAUCUCACAAAUAAUAUCUUUGUUGCAACUAAAAAGUAACGGAGGCAGUAUAACUUUUUUUAUGA